AUGGAGAUGAGUUUCACAUACACGCCUUCUCCUUCGCCUCAGAGGCUCAUGCGCUUCGACCAUGGAGUUCUAAGUUCUCAGUUUCCACUUUUCACUCCUCGGAAGCACUCCCAUGGCGGCAAUUCCAGUUUAAAUGGUCUUAGGACCCCAAAAUCGGCUCCUCUAGUGAAGGCCUCGCUCAGUUCUUCGUCGAUGAGGCGGACCUUAUCAAGUAAUUGGGACGUUUUGGAGAAUUUUUCUGCAACUUCCGCUCCAUCGCUGGCUAGGUUCGAAGAGCUCGACACUACCAACAUGCUUCUCCGCCAGCGAAUCAUCUUCUUGGGCUCUCAGGUUGAUGACAUGACAGCAGAUUUCAUCAUAAGCCAGCUACUGUUUCUUGAUGCUGAAGACUCAACAAAAGACAUCAAAUUGUUUAUCAACUCACCUGGUGGCUCUGUCACUGCUGGAAUGGGAAUAUACGAUGCAAUGAAGUUGUGCAAGGCCGACGUUUCAACAGUUUGUCUAGGACUCGCUGCAUCUAUGGGAGCAUUUCUUCUAGCUGCUGGUUCAAAGGGAAAGCGAUUCUGCAUGCCCAAUGGGAGAGUGAUGAUCCAUCAACCUCUCGGAACAGCUGGAGGGAAGGCAACAGAGAUGAGUAUACGGAUACGAGAAAUGGCGUAUCACAAGAUCAAGCUGAACAAAAUUUUUUCAAGAAUCACAGGAAAGCCAUUAGAGCAGAUUGAAUUGGACACGGACCGAGAUAAUUUCAUGAAUCCCUGGGAAGCUAAGGAAUAUGGUUUGAUUGAUGAAGUUAUUGAUGAUGGGAAGCCAGGACUCAUUGCUCCAAUUGCAGAUGCAGCUGCUCCGCCAAAAACCCGAGUCUGGGAUCUAUGGAAGGUGGAAGGGAGUAGGAAAGCCAAGAAGAAUCUGCCUUCAGAAGACAAGAUCUUGCAGAAUGGAUAUCAAGGGGGUCAAGGAAACGACGAGGAGCGCGGUACCCAACAAGAAACAGAAGAACCGAGUCCUGUAUGACACGAGACCCACGUGGUUCUUCUUCCUCUUCCUCAGCUUCCGUUGUUGUAUCCUAAUUUGUUGUUUCCAUUCUCAAAUAGCUCUCUCUCUAGUCUCUGUAAGAUCUUAAAGGUGAUUUUUACCAAUCAGUUAAACCAGUAUAGGUUUUGGCAAAUCCAGAGGCCGCAAUUGUACGUUCACAUUUCACCAA